AUGACAAUGUCCGAAUUACUAACUAAAUUAAGUGGACGAUUAUGUUUUCAUGGAUUUUUAUCAAUAUCGAUUCCUGUCAGAUCACGUCAACGAAUAUUUUAUCUACUUUUUAGUCUUCAUGUCAUAUUUUUUCUUAUUGUUUAUCAUCGUCUUAUACUAAUAACUCCUUCAUCUACUACAAACAAAAUUUCAACUAAUAAUGCUAAAUCAUCGUCAUCAUCAUCUAUUUGUCAUAUACCAGAUUUGAAUCCAUGGGACCAAACAGUUUCAAAAUCAUUAAAUAUUAAACCAUUAUAUGUUUGUCCGAAACAUAAAAAAAAUUUAAUCAAUAUUAUUAAUCAUACUAAAUUAUUUAUAAAUCAGACUGUAAAUAAAACAUAUUUUUCUGGUUUAAUAACACAUUGUGUUUAUUUGAAAGUUGAUAGAAAUCCUGAAGAAAAACAUUUUCGUGAUUGGUCUUAUACUUUAUCUGAACCGAUAUUAAUAAUUAAUGGACGUACAGAAUCGAUUUUAGAUGCUGAUUUUGUUUUAACACGGUGUUAUAAUAAUCGAAAAGAAUAUUUUCAUGGAGAAUAUUUCUGUGGUUAUAAUUGUUCAAAGUAUAAAAAUAUGAGUCAAGUUCAAAAACAAAUUCUACGAAAUCGUACACUUGUCUAUGAAUAUAUUCAUCCAAUAAUUCGUUUAAAAAAAUUACCAUUUCCAUCGAAAAUUUGGUCAGAAAAAAUUUCAAAAAAACUUUUUUCAUCUAAUUAUUCUCCGCCAUCUGUAAUUACGGUUAUAUUAGAUGCAGUUAGUAAUCUUCAAGCACAACGUGCAUUACCACAUACAUUAUCUUAUUUAAAAUCUCUUGGUUUAUAUACAUUUCAACGUCAUACAGUUGUUGGUGAUGGUACUUUUGAAAAUAUUAUACCGAUGUUAUUUGGUCAAUUAGCUAGUGAUUUACAAAUACCAAAUUUAAAUGAUAGUCGAUAUGAAUUUCUUACAACCGAGAUUCUAAUUGAUCGUAAAACAAAAAAUCGUACAGAAAUAAAAAAAAUUGUUCAUUAUCCAGGACCCUAUGAUAAUUAUUCUUUUAUUAUAAAAAAUUUUUCAAAAUUAAAUUAUACAACAUUUUUUAGUGAAGAAUGGCGUGAUAGUGCUUUGUAUAAUUUAAAAAAUGGUUUUCGUCAAUCACCAACAGACUAUUAUUUACGUCCAUAUUGGUUAUCAUUAUAUGAAACAUUAUCCUAUAAUACAUUUUCAGGAAAUUCAAAUCCAAAGCCAUGUUAUUUAGAUAAAUUAUUACAUUUUUUAUCAUUAGAUUGGUUAAAAGAAUUUUUAAAUAUUUACCAUAAAACACCUAAUUAUCCAACAUUUGGUAUAAUGAAAAUGAAUGAAAUGAGCCAUGAUUAUUUAGAAAGACUUUUUUGGAUUGAUAGAGAUUUAAAAACAUUUUUUCAAGAUUUAAUUGAAAAAAAUUUAUUAGAUAAUACAAUAUUAAUAUUUUGUGGUGAUCAUGGUCAUAGACAACAUCGUUUAAGACUUACACGUAUUGGAAGUUUCGAAGUUAAAUUACCAUUUUUUUCAAUACUUCUACCUAAAUCAUUUGAAAAAAAAUUUCCACAAGCUAUUGCAAAUCUUAAAAAUAAUCAGAAAACGUUGACAUCAUGGUGGGACGUCUAUGAAACUUUUGUUAAUAUUUUAAAAAUGGUUGAACAACCACAUCUACUCGAUCCUCUUCGCGUUAAAUGGCAACCAACAACAUCGGGUAUAUCACUUUUUCAUCCUAUACCUGAACGAAAUUGUUCAUCUGCUGGUAUACCAGAUAAAUAUUGUCCAUGUUCACUUACAAUACCACUUGAUAUAGAAUUACCUAUCAUUAAAGAAUUAGCUAUUUAUAGUAUUAAUUAUAUAAAUAAUAUAAAAUUAAAAAAUCAUAAACAUCUAUGCAUGCCACUUGAAUUAAAAACAAUAAUUCGUGCUGAACUUGAAGAAUUAGAUGUACCAAUGAGAAUACCGAAUGAUACAAUAAAAUCAAAUUUUACUCAUUUAUAUACAGUUCUCUUUGAAGUAUCACCUUCUGAUGGAAUAUUUGAAAGUCGUUUACUUUAUGAUUCUACAACAAAACGAAUUCGAUUACAUAGUGGAAUUCUUCGAAUUAAUCUUUAUGGUCAAACAUCUGCAUGUAUCCAAGAUAAAUAUGAUUUACGUUCGUUUUGUUAUUGUAUUUCUUAUUAUAGACGAUUAAAAAAUAAUUCUCAGAAUAACAACAAUAAUUCUUCUAAAUCAAUUCCAAUCACUACUACGAAAAUAAAAACUAAAAGCUAG